UCACAUUGUUUGGUGAUCGCUCGUCGUAUUCGCAUCUCUCAUCGCAUAAUUCUUCCCUCACAUUUUACUGUCGUGACUCGAGUGGUGUUUUUUUGUGACUCUUGGCCAGUGUGUUGUGAAGUGUGCUAACCUGCUAAGGAUACCCCAUAUACAUCUUAUUUGGAUUAUUCUUCGUGUGUCCGCAGGAAACGGAAUUUAUUUAAAAAUGCAUCCGUCUUUCGCGGCCUUGGCUGGCCUGCUAAUAUUAAGCUGUUCCCUUGUGAUUAGAGCUGAUGACGUAAUUACGCGAAUAAAUGGUCUCCACGAUGGUGCAGACAUUAGACCCGAUCAGCCCGACGAUUCACCAUUCUGGUGGAUGAACAGUCGAUCACCCUUCAAGCGUGAGAGUGCCGGAUGUGCCAAUGGGUGUGCUCCAACCACCAAUGAACUCACCCUGUCUGCCAAUCCUUUCCUCAGUGGCAGAAUUGGGGCACCAGCGGGCUUUGCUGUUAAUCCAAUCUUCCCGGGAAGUCCUUCUGGAUCCCACAAUGGCUACCUCCCACCCAAAGCUCAGCCACCGCCAACUGUGCCCUGCCUUGGACAGGGACAAGUGUGUGUUGUGCGUCAUGCGUGUGCUAGUGGAUAUAUUCUUGCUGGUGAUGUUGCUGGACUUGCUCGUAGUCAGGAGUGCAACAUUGAAACUGAAGUAUGCUGCACAAUUCGUGUGCCAACAACCACAACACCACGUCCCACAACAACACGACUUCCGCCACCACCACCAACAAUUCCGUGCUUGGAGAAGAAUUACUUCUGUGUGGCUCCACAUGCCUGUCGCAAUGGUGUCAUCGUCUCGCAGAUGAAUCAACUCCAACCGGUUCGUGAAUGCUACCAACCUGAUGUAUGCUGCCGAUUUGCACAGGAGCCAAGUGAGACGGUCACAAGGCCAUCCGUUACACUGCCACCCUUCCCCAAGUUGCCAAAUGAGAUUUCCGACUCAACUGUGCUCACUGAUGAUGGCUACGUGAUUAAGGUACCGGAGAAUCAGUACCUGCCCCAGAGGGAACCAUCCCCAGAUUCGCAGAACCCUAUUGUGAUCCCAUAUCCAACAACCACGGGACGUCCAGUUCCAAGCCCAACAACCCCAGCUUACAUUCCUCCACCACCAUCAACCCCAAGGCCAUACGUGCCACCACCACAGCCAUCAACACCAAGGCCCUAUGUGCCACCAGUUGCUGUUAGCACAACACAGAGACCCAUCGUGAUCCCAUCCAGCACCCCUGCAUACCUUCCUCCAUACAAGGGUGACCAGUACAUCCCUCCAAUUGACAGAGAGGGUGAACCAUCCAACCCACAAUCCAACAACAUCCUCCCACCAACAACCAGACAACCCUUCAGGCCACCACCACAGCGUGGUGAGAAUCAACUGGCUGAACCCAUUGUCCCAAGUGCCUGCCCAGCUGCCAUGAACUGCACAGAAUACCAAUAUUGCGACACAAAGGGUGUCAUCUCCACCACCCCUGUCAUCCUCACGAAAGAUCAGGAACUCUUCCGUGUUCCCCUGACGGACUGUGUGGACCGCAAGAGGGGCUUCCAGGGCAAAUGCUGCCGUGAUCCCAACUACGUCGACCCAUGGCCCGUAGGUCAGCUUGGACAGUACAAUCCCCAAAUUCUCAAUGCCGCCUUCGACGAUGGCUCAUACCGGCCCGAGAAGUAUCGCACCCAGCAGACAGUCAAUACAGUGAUCCGCGGCCAGAGUCAACUCAGCCGUCCCAUUGCGUCUGGGGCAUCCAAUAUCAAUCGCCAGGUGCUCACGACACAGCAGACACAGCAGAUCAGCAAUAAUGUCUACGUCGACAAAGUUGCAGUCGGAGCGGGUGUUUGCGGCACGAGGCACCUGAAUACACAGCCACGUGGCGCUGGACCCCUGGAUACUGGCUUCGGUGAAUUCCCAUGGCAAGCAAUGGUUCUCCUGGAGACAAAUCGUUCCCUCCUCUGUGGCGGUGCCAUCAUUGAACGCGAUGUUGUUGUGACUGCGGCCCAUUGUGUCUCUGGACUGCAACCACGCACCGUGAUGAUCAAGGCUGGUGAAUGGCGUCUUGGUGUAGAUGAGGAGCCCAAAACAUUCCAAAUUGUCCGCGUAAAGGCCAUCACAUUCCAUCCUGCCUACAACCCCACGAAUCUCAAUUCAGACGUUGCUCUCUUGCAUCUGGAGGAGAAAUUGCGCUACGACACUCACAUCGGACCAAUUUGCAUCGAUGAUGAGUACGUGACAAGUGCCUCCACUACGGACUGCGUCACAACCGGAUGGGGCAAGGAAGUCCUUAGAAUUAACAUCCAGAAUGCUCUGAUGCACUCAGUUGGUGUACAAGUUCUGCCCGAUAGUGACUGCCAGGCAGCCCUCUCGGGAUACGGAUUCAGCUCUCAGACAAGCGUCUGUGCACGCCCACGAGCUGAUUCAUGCGAAACAGACGUUGGUAGUGCCCUGGCGUGCUCCAACGGCAAAGGAAGCUACGCCCUUCGUGGUAUCUAUUCCACAGAAACCGACUGUGCUAGCUCAAAUCAGAUCGUCACAUUCGCCCGCGUGGAUACUCAGUGGCUGCGACAGGCCCUGAGCUCUCCACAGCCCCAACCAACUCAGACUGUCCAAACCAUCCACUACGACUCACAACCAAAUAAUCCUCAACAAGUGAUAACGCAGGGUCCAGCGUACUUGCCACCACAUCGAAAGUAAAAUUUCAACACAAAAAAGAAUAAUUAAUUGAAAUUUUCCAUCCACUCUCUUCCCUGUCUCCUUACCCCCUUCUUUUAUUAUUUUUUUUUAAUUUUAAGGAGUCUAAGUUUAGAGUGUUUGUUUUAGGUACUACGCCGCAACCCUCUCUGUCUCAAUUUAGACCAUAAAUACACCAACAACACGAAAGAAACAAAUCGAAAGAAAACACUUUUACACGCUUAAACACAAAAAAAAGAAUCCAAGAAAAUACUCAAAAAAAUAUAUAAGCUCAAUACUCUCUUCUAUGGAGAUUUUGUAUCAACAUUGAUUUUAAGUUGCUUUAAAAUCUUUGGAAGAAAAUGCAAAAAAAAAACUUUGGAUGACACUCCUUGAACUUCUUUCAAUUUUAGAACAAAUUGCAAUGCGAAGAAGUUUUGAGGAUUUAUGGUGAAAAAAAAAUGAAAAGUAUUUCCUAAAUUUCAAAAAUGUUUUUUUUUAGCAAUAAGGACUUAUUAUUUAAAUUCUUCUUAAAUACUAUUUAAAGUAAUAAAAUAAAGAUAAAUAAAUACUAUAAA